UACCAGCCUUACUGUCAGUUUGACAUAUUUUUUUCUGCUAAGGAGAAUAUAGGCUUAAACAACAAAAACAAGCACACAAAAAAUGCAUUUUUAUUAAACAGGCUACGUUCAACAGUGAUAAGUAGUACUUGCCGGUUUGCAGCUCAAUAGUUUCUAGCAUACCUUAUUUUCUCACUUUUUGUUACUUGUUUUGCACGACUAUAAAAUGGCAGAACCCAGCAGCAAAAAGCUAAAAACGUGCUUGCCUACCUGCACUAACCAUCAUGAGUUGAUUGGGACCAGAGUGAAGCAGAACUUUCCCUUGAUUGUUGAAGAAAGUCUGUGUGGAGCCGUAACGGUUCGGAUGGAGCUCUCUUACCGACUUCAAGCGCUGGCGGAAAUAUUUGAGCAGGACCGUGUUGCUUUGCCGAGAGUCGCUGGCUACUUUCACCAUGAAGCUGAAGAAGAGCUGGAGACUGCGGAGGCGAUGAUGGGUUACCUGCGAGAGCGAGGAGGACAGUACUGCAACAAAGACAUUCAGAGACCUGGUUGCGAGCAGGUGUGCAAUAUCAUUCAGGCCCUGGAAUUAACCUUGGCUCAGUGGAAGAAAGUCUCAGGGUACAUGGAGGAGCUGUUUGUGCUCAGCAAGGAAAACAGAGACCAUCACACCGCCAGCAUGGUCAAGAAACGGUUUGUCACUCGCAUUGUCAGGAAGAUCGAAGUGGUGGGGAAUGUCCUGACCAAUGCCCGGCGCUUGGGCUGCACCCACGAGGGAGCAAGUGGCUUUGGGGAGUACCUGAUUGACCAACUCCAGGAAGAACUGGGCAAGAACUAAACACCCCUCCUUUAACCUAUUCCUUCAAAUGCUCCCACAUCAAUUCACUGUGGAAAUGUAGGUCAUUAACUAACCAGCGUGGCUUUUAAUAGGGCCAGUUAAGACAGUCCUACAGUAAAAAUACAGAGAGCCAGGAGAUCCAAACACUGCCUAUCCUCUGUUAUUAUUAUUAUUAUUAUUAUUUGUUUAUUUAGCAGACACCUUUAUCCAAGGUGACUUACAGAGACUAGGGUGUGUGAACUAUGCAUCAGCUACAGAGUCACUUACAAUUACGUCUCACCCGAAAGACGGAGCACAAGGAGGUUAAGUGACUUGCUCAGGGUCACAAAAUGAGUCAGUGGCUGAGGUGGGAUUUGAACCGGGGACCUCCUGGUUACAAGCCCUUUUCAUUAACCACUGGACCAUACCGACUCCUCUCCAGCUGUACAGGAUUUUGAGGAUCAGCAACACUGCUUUAUUAAAAAAAAAUACAUGCAACUUCAUAGAAAAUGACUUCAGCUGCAUGGGUAUUUUUUUAAAUGGGGGAAAAAAUCAUAUUGUGCUCCUUAGUUAUUCAAAAUUCUAUAAUUUGGUUAAUUUGUCAUUUCCAUGUUGACAGUAAAUGUUACUGUAGGUAGGGUACUAUAUUUGACUGUAUGCAAUAUCACCAGCCCAUUUUCUCUCUACAGUGUUGAUG